GUAGAAGCUAAUUAAGUAGAAGAAGCUUUUAAGGCGACAGGGCGAAACCAAGGCGAGUGAGACAGAACACACAGAAGCUUUUCAAAAUCCAUCCAUGGCUUCCCCUAAAAGCAGCUCUGAGAACGUUGUAGUGACUGUCAAUGUCCAUGCUGCUAAAGAUCUUUUAUGCUCAGGCUAUCGUUAUCUGGAUGUAAGGACGGGUGAAGAAUUCAACAAAAGCCACAUCGAGAAUGCGUUGAACGUUCCAUACAUGUUUAUCACACCGCAAGCAGGUAAGGUAGUAAACCCUGAGUUCAUCGACCAGGUCACUGCAGUUUGUAGUAAAGAUGAUCAAAUAGUGGUGGGUUGCAAUAGUGGAGGCAGAUCGCUCCGUGCUUGUGUUGAACUUCUUAACGCUGGAUUCAAGCAUGUCAAAAAUAUGGGAGGAGGCUAUUCGGAAUGGGUAGACAAUGGAUUUGCAGAAGGGGACAAACCCGCGGCUGAGUUGAAAACUUCUUGCAAGUUCCGUCCAUAAAAGCUUAAGCUCUUUCUUUGUAUGAUAUAUAAAUGCCAAUGGAGCGCUUGAAAUCUGGGAGGAAGUGAACCCUCGUGACCCACCCUACUUUUUAAUGUUAUUUCUCUGUAGGCUUAUCUCUUUGUUUGCAACACAAAUUUGAACCUGAUGCAAGUUUUGCAUCUGCUUUUUUUUAUAAUUUGCAUCACCUUCCACCUAUUUUUAA